UAUUCAUUUGAUUUCAGCUGGUAGAGUUGUUGGUAGAUGUUGGCCUCAGUUUUUUUUUGUUUACUGACUAGACGACGUAGAGAUCUAUUGACAAGCGAUUAAAUUUAUAAUCAAAUAAAAUUGUGAAUUUGAGCAACAACAAAUUGGCGAAUCUGUUUCAGUUGCGUUGUUCUUUGUUUACGCGGAGAAAACUACGACGACAAUUGUGUUGCUUGUUCAAUAGUGAAUCAAAGAAAUUUCUUAUCUAGUCACAGAGUGGAUUCUAAAAAAAAUUGCUGUUCUUCGUCCCUUGACCAAGAAGAAUGCGCCAUCAUAUAUUAUUGCUGAUUGUAUUUUUAACGGUUCUCCAUGCUGGCCAAGCAUUUUGGCCAUUUUCUCGAAGGAAAUCCACAACACCAUCUCCCCUAAAUAAAGAUGGAAAACGUUUGUCACCGGUGAUAUUUGUUCCCGGUGAUGGCGGCAGCCAAGUUGAUGCCCGCUUAAAUAAGUCUUCCUCGCCAAAUGUCUGGUGUGUCAAAACUUCAGAUUGGUUCAAUUUAUGGUUAAAUUUGGAACUAAUUGUAUUACCUGCUGUUUACUGUUGGGUCGAUAAUGUAAAACUGUACUAUGACAAUGUGACAAGAACCACACAUAAUACGCCUGGCGUUGAUAUACGCAUACCAGGUUGGGGUAGUUCCGAUGUGGUCGAGUGGAUAGAUCCCACACACAAUAAGGCCGGAGCUUAUUUCCGUACCAUAGCGGCUAUGUUGGUGGAUCAGGGUUAUACAAGGAAUAAGAAUAUAAGAGGUGCUCCCUAUGACUUUCGAAAAGCACCAAAUGAGCAUAAACAAUUUUUCAUUGAUUUGAAAAAGCUGGUACAGGAUACCUAUGAGGAGAAUAGUAAAACCCCUGUUACCUUUAUUACGCAUAGCAUGGGCAGCCCUAUGACAUUGGUCUUUUUGCAACAACAAACCGAGGAAUGGAAAACCAAAUAUGUGGAACGUCAAAUCAGUUUAGCCGGUGCUUGGGCUGGCAGUAUUAAAGCGUUAAAAGUCUUUGCCAUGGGUGAUGACUUGGACUCAUUCUUCUUGAGUGGUAAGAUUUUAAAAGAUGAACAAAUUACAAAUCCUUCUACGGCUUGGUUAUUGCCCUCGCCCCUCUUCUGGAAAAGUAAUGAUAUUUUGGUAAAGACUCCCUCGCGGGUUUAUACCAUGGCACAAUUGGAACAAUAUUUUGAUGAUAUUGAUUAUCGUACCGGUUGGGAAAUGCGCAAAGAUACACUACAUUAUACAUUGAAUUUUAGUCCACCUGGUGUAGAAUUGCAUUGUCUCUAUGGUGAAGGAUUGGAUACAGUUGAAAGGCUGGAAUACAAAAAGGAUGAUAUUGCUGGUGAAACACCCAAAUUGAUAAUGGGCAAUGGUGAUGGCACUGUAAAUAGACGUUCGCUGCGUGCCUGUCAUCACUGGUAUGGUUAUCAAUCGGCGAAUAUUUCAACACUGGCUCUUAGUAAAGUUGAUCAUAUGGCCAUUUUGGAGAGUCCAACUGUUUUGGAAUAUAUUAAGAAAGUUAUGAAGUUAUAGACAUAAAAUUAGAAAAACUAGGACAAAAAAUUAACUUUGAUGGGAUAUUUAACUUCAACAGUUCUGGGGCUAGGUUUCCAUAUUACACAAAAUAACUAACAAUAUGAACAAAACUCAAGUCCGCCCUGUAAAAAACUUUGACUAAUUGCGAAAUUUUAUCUUAUUUAUUAUAAUAAUUUUAUAAUUUGUAGGGAUUUUUUUUUAAGGAUGGCAUGUCAAUUAUUGAUAUUAUAAUUUUAUGUGUUUUAAUUUUAAGAUCUUAUAAAAUGAAAACAGUGUGCUAAGUUUUUUGUUUAUGGAAGUUGCAAUAAAUUUGGUCUAAGUCA